GAGCAACCCGGUUUAUCAAUCACCUACAAGCUUCAAAGAUGGCAUCAAAGCUUCACUUUUUCCUACUACUUACAGUUUCAUGCGCCUCGCUGCAUUUGUCAAUGGCUGGAGAUCCCGAUAUCCUAACAGACUUCAUCCCUCCACCAGGUUUUUUUGGCGCUCCAAGCGGAAACUACUUCACCUUCACCGGGAUGAGGUCACUCGUUGGUACACCCUUCCCGACAACUUUUAAAGUCUUGAAAGCAACCAUGAUUGAAUUUCCGGCUCUUAACGGUCAGAGCGUUUCCUACUCUGUACUCCAGUUCCCUAAUGGAACAGUUAACCCGCCCCACACCCAUCCACGGGCUUCCGAGCUGCUGUUUGUUCUCAUGGGUUCUUUACAAGUUGGGUUUGUUGACACAACUAAUAAACUGUUUACUCAAACACUGCAAGAAGGGGACAUCUUUGUGUUCCCAAAGGGACUUGUGCACUUUCAGUUUAAUGGUGAUGCUAAGAACCCGGCUUUGGCUCUAUCCGCUUUUGGAAGUGCAAAUCCGGGCACAGUGAAGGUUCCAAGUGCGGUUUUCAAUUCGACUAUUGAUGAUCAGGUAUUGGCAUUGUCGUUCAAGACCGAUGUUGCUACCAUUCAGAAGCUCAAAUCUGGGCUAUCAGGCUAAGUAAUAUCAAGUACUUUGUACUUACAAGUGAUUUUGGAUGUAUUUCUUGUUUGUGGGUCAAUAAUCUUGUACCAUUUAUAAAGUUAUCAUAUGAAAAACAACAAAUGAAUGAAUGAAUAUUCAUGUUAUUCAAAAAAUUCAUAAAACGAUAGCUUGUUGCCCGUUUACCAAUUAUGUCGAUGUAAAUUCAUAACACGAGUCAAGUUGAAUUCCAAA